AUGACAAAUGCCAUAGGUCGAGACGGAGAAUAUCAGGACAUGGCUCUACCAGAAUUACAAACCCCUCGUCUCAACCUCCGUCCCUUGGCAGAGCAUAACCGGGACGACAUCAUAAACCUCGAUUCAGACCCUCAAGUUACAAAAUAUGUUCACAGUGGCCGCCCUCUAACCCGAGAGGAAGCUAUCCAAGACCACCAAGAGCGUCUCUCGGCGUGCACACAAGUCCCGGGCCUCGGCUACUGGGCAAGUUACCUUGGUGACGCCUUUAUCGGGUGGACAGCUCUCUCGCCCAUACAAUCCAACAGCGGGACAUUUCAUACGCAAAAGGCAGAGCUGGGAUACCGAAUCUCACCUCGCUUUUGGCGACGGGGGUAUGCAAAGGAAAUGGCUCGCGAGUUAUUGAGGUAUGGAUUCGAAGAACUGGGUUUGGUAGAGGUUGUUGGGCAGACGAUGGCUGUCAACGAGGCAUCAAGAGCGACCAUGAAGGCCUGUGGGAUGCAGCAUGUGCGUACUUUGUACGUUGAGUUUGAGGAUCCUAUUCCUGGGUCGGAGGAUGGUGAAGUUGAAUACGCAAUUACAAGAGAAGAAUGGCUGAAGCUUGAGUUGCAUUCAAAGUAG